UUUGUUUUGAGCACUAUCCUUUAAAACUCAAGGGACUUGAAACAGUUGUUUCUAACAGCAUAAUUCCAAAACACGGAAUAAGGAUAACGAUGAUGAUCCAGUGCUUCACAUCUCUACCGUCUCUCCGUGUUCCUCACCAUCACAACCUUCAAUUUUCUCCUCACGUCUCUGCAACUUACCCAUCAAAAUCUUCCAAAAGAAGAGAACUAUUAACCUUCUCUGCAACAUCCGGAGCCCUUUUUAUAUGGACUUUGCCCAACGAUAGUUGCUGGUCUAAACCCGUAAUUCCUGAGUUUUCGGAGCUCCGAGAUUCAGCUGGAGUCAAGGCCUUGGAUCUUCGGGUUGGUACUGGUGAUGUUCCCGUCGUCGGCGAUCAGGUUGCAAUUCAUUACUAUGGAAGGUUGGCAGCAAAACAAGGAUGGCGCUUUGACUCUACAUAUGAUCAUAAAGAUGAAACUGGUGAACCAAUUCCAUUCAUAUUCAUCCUUGGAUCAGGCAAAGUCAUAGCAGGGAUUGAAACAGCAGUAAGAUCAAUGAAAGUAGGCGGCAUACGUCGAGUCAUCAUCCCACCAUCCCAAGGAUAUCAGAACACUUCUCAAGAACCCCUACCGCCUAAUUUUUUUGAUAGGCAGAGGCUGUUUACUACCAUUUUCAAUCCGACCCGUCUUGCCAAUGGAGAAGGCUCAACAUUGGGAACUCUCAUAUUUGAUAUUGAGUUGGUAAGCCUAAGGCAUCAGUGAACUUUCUUGUUUCUGUAAACCAUUUUAUGUCUCGUGCAGUAUAAGCUAUGUCCAGACUUUACUACUUAUGCCCAUUGCAAUGUAGACUUUACCCAAUGUUUUUCUUCCAUUUGGAAACUGGAUGUGUCACAACAUCCAUAUAGAAUAUCACAAUGAUGUUACCAUACCAUGCUUAUUUCAUCUAGAUAUUGAAAUUGAUUGAUUACAAAAACGUUUUUACCAAUUCAGAGGGGAUUGCUUGCAAGUCCUUGCGCCCUGUUGAAUACAAAAUACCAUAAGCCAGGUGCCCUUGGUUAGGAUGAAAAGCCCACUUUUCUUAUGCCGGAAUCACCGUCCACUCGUCUCCCCCUCUCCCACCCACCCCACCCCACCCCACCCCCAAAAUGCCAUUAGCCAGGUACCCUCACACAUGAUGCUGACUUCAAAUCCAGAAUGUGAGUGAGGUCUAAUCGGGCCUGCUAGUUCUCCACUGGUUGUAGAAGCUUUAGCAGCUCGUCAAGCAGCCAUUUGAUCGAAUCGUGCUAACUUGAUGGACAUUAUUCUGGAGGGAGAAGCUCAUUUGGUGGUAAGUGCAUCAGUUAAACCACUUCGCGUCCUCUAAAUUGUCAAAUGUUUAAAACAAGAGUCUAUCUUAAGCUGCUGAAGUCUUGGUUCAGGUGGGGACUGUUUGCUUUCUCAGAAUAUCAGUGUGUACAGAAAUGGCCUAAUGGGCACAUAAAAACAGUUAUCCAAGGUCCCUUGGUCCCUAAAGUGAUAUAGCUGGGAAGGAGCAAGUCAUCAUGAGGGUACUCUCACUGAGCUUGCACACUCAAACCAUGACUUGGAUUGAAAAGUUGCAACUGUCUCUUGAUCUAACGGUUAAGAAGGCGUGAGCUCGAUGAGAGUGCCCUCAUUAUAGCUUUUCCUCUAGGAGAUGGUUUAGGUUGUAUGGUGUAGUUUUUUUGGUUUCAUACGGUUCUACCUCCUCUUCUUUCUUUUUUCUUCCUUUUUUUUUU